CAACAUUUUUUACACAAACGGCAAACUUGAAAACAAUUGAAGUUGAAGUAAAUACAUAAAAUGGAGGAAAUACGAAGUAGCUUGGACAAUAUAAUGGCGCGCUUCAAUGAUAGCAUCACACAUUCUGCGCCCAAAAAGCUCAGCUUCGACCGGCUCUCCAUGUCGUUUAGCGAAGACUCUGUGACAGUGCCAAAGAAACGACGUAUAGACAGCCUGGACAAUGGCUCACCGAACGGCAGCCUAAAUGCCAGCAACACAUCGCUGAACAACUCUUUUAAUGAUCCCGUCGGACCGUGGCAGACGCGCAAGUUACGCGCCGAGCUGAUCGAGUCCAAGGCAAUAGUCAGCCAGCUCCAGGAUCAACUGGCGCAGCAGGCGAAGGAACAGCGCAGCGCCCUGGCGCUGGCCGAGAGCAAAGCGGCGGCACUGAAGCAGCAAUGCGACUACACCAGUGCCAAGCUCUUGGAGCAGGAUAAACAGCUGCAGGUGGUGCGCAAACGUGAGCACAACGCUCGCCAGGAGGCGAAUCGCGCCAUGGCGGAGAUGGCACAGCAAAAACUUAAAUACGAGACGGCGCUCAGUCGGGCGGAGCAGGAGAAGACGCAGCUGGAGGAGGAUGCACGCGAGGUGCAGCACUGCAUCAACAACGAACUGAGCGAGUACAAAAGAAUCAGCGAGCGGGCCGAACUGGAGUUGGAGGCCACACAAAGCGAGCUGGAGCGCAUACGUGAGCGCCAUGACGAGUACAAGGCGACCGCUGCCAACUACGAGCAGCUGCACAUGAGCUACGAAAUGCAACAGCAGAGCCUGGCGACGGCCAAUGCGCGCAUCAAGGAGCUGGAAUAUGAGAUACAGUCGUAUGCCGACUGGAAGGAGAUCACCAAAACAUCCCAGGCUCGCCUGCUCAGCGUGCCCGAGCUACAGUCGGAGCUGGAACGUCUGCGCGCACACAACAAGCAGCUCAAUUCUCUGAUUGGUGACAAGCUGUUGCUGGAGGAACAGGUGCACGACUACAAGACACGUCUGGAUCGGGAGGAGGGCGCACGCGCCGAGGCCGCCACGCUGCAGGUGAAGCUCACGCACGUGGAGCAGGAGCUCAAGGAAUGGGUCAAAGUGGCGCAGGACCAUUGCCUGCCCAAUACGCUGGUCAGCCCCAUGGCGCUGCGCACGCGCAUCGAGCAGCUGCUCCAGGAUGACAUAGUGCGCAUGGCAGAGAAGGGCAGCGCUGACUCCGACUCCAAGCAGCUGCAGUCCUCACUGCGCGAGCUGGAGCAAAAGUGCGCCGUCUAUCUGAAGAACAUUGAAGACAUGAACGUGGUGCUGAAGCGCCACAAAAGCUUCCGGGAGCGCUUGCAGCGCAAACUGUUGAUUGUCUGCAAGGAGCGCGACUUCUACAAGCAGCUGCUGGAGAACUUCGACAAGGAUCUCAAUAUGACAAAUGCCAGCACCGCCGAAAUGACCAACGAUAUGCAGGUGCGCUAUCGCGUCGAGGUGCUGGAGCGCACUCUGACCGGCUACAAGGAGAUGUGCUCGACGCUGGAGCGCGAAAUGCAAUCGAUGCGUCAGCAGGAAUCGCUCAACGAUCCGCCGAUCAGCGAGAACGGCUACGAUAGCGUCAAACGGGAACUGGACACGCUGCGCAUGGAGAACGAACGUUUGCGUCGGCGCAAGGAUGAGCUCGAACUGGAAAUGGAGCAUCGUUGCCUGCGCGGCGACUUCAACAUGGGCAACUACAAGGUGCUGCAUCUAAGCGAGAAUCCCGCUGCGGAUGCCUACGAAGCUACCAAAAAUGUCGUCGAGAAACUCCAGGCAGAGAUUGAGCGCCUGAAGCGUCGCAACAAGAAGCUGGAGGAGGACCAGGAGCAGACGCAGGCUCGCUUCAAUGAGACCGUCGGCAGCAGCAGCGCCGGCGGCGGCAUGACCAUGAACUUCAAGGAGUUCAAUCAGCUGCGCGCCGAACUGGAAUCGGCCAAUGGCAAAAUGAAAAAGAUGAAGGAUUGCUUCAAGGCGGCCAGCAAGGAGUUUCGCGAUGUGUGCUACAUGCUCUUGGGCUACAGGAUUGAUCGCGUGGGCGCCAAUAGUCAUUAUCGCAUUUCGAGCAUGUAUGCGGAAAGUCCCGAUGAUUAUCUGUCCAUUAGCUUGAACGAGUCCAACUGCCUGGCACUGCUCGAGUCGCCCUAUUCGCAGACACUGAAACCGGCCAUCGAUCAGCAAUUGGCGGCCAAUAACUCAUUUCCCGCUUUCUUUGCCGGCCUCACAUUGGAACUCUUUCAGCGUGCCACAGUGACAAUUACCUAAAGCGGACAGAUCGAUUGAACUAACACACACACACUCACACACACGCAUAUUGUAUAUCUAAACAUUAAGUUUCGCUUAGUUU